AUGCAUAGAUUACGUUUUGGUUAUGAAUUAGAAAUAUCCACGCAACGGGUUUUGUGUAUAAUAAGUUAUAAACACCACCCACAACUUGCACCAGGUUCAAUAUUCGAUCAAAUUUGUUCGAUAAACUCAAUUUUCAUCAUAUCCACAAAGAUGAGAAGCACGAGGCAUCAUAACUGUUGA